AUGCGUCAUUUAAAACGUCUUCUCUUUGGAAUUAUUCUCUUGUCAUCCUUUGGUUUUUUAUUUGGCACGAAAGAAUCAGAAGAUAAGAAAGAACCGGAACUAGAUAUCGAGGCAAAUUCGAUAAACUCAAAAGGUUCAGACGAAAAAAAGGCAGAAGAACUCAAGUUAAUGGAAAAACAAACCUUUAAAAAAGUAAUGUCCAAACUAACCUUUAAAGGAGUAUUCGAAGACCUUCUUUAUCUUUCAUCAUUAUACACUAGUACUAAGUAUAGUAUUUUAUAA